AUGGCCACAACAACAAGAGUUCAGAGCUUGGCCGAGAGUGGAAUAGAGAGUGUUCCACCUCAGUAUCUUUGGCCGGGACUUCACUCCACCAUCAACACCCUUUCUCCCACACAACUCCCCAAAGUUCUCCCGAUUGACUUACAAGGCUUGAGCACCCCCCAUCGGAAGGAAAAUAUCAUAGCAGAAAUUUCAAGUGCUACAGAAAAUUGGGGUUUCUUUGUGAUAGUUAAUCAUGGAAUCCCUGAAUCUAUCACUUCUUGUGUGCAAGAAGUGGUCAAUGCCUUCUUUGAGUUUCCUUUGGAAGAAAAGGAAUUGUACAAGGCAGAAGGAGGGAAUUCUAUCGGCUAUGGCAGCAAAGUGGGAACCUCCGGGGAUGCCAAAUUAGAGUGGAAAGACUAUUAUUAUAAUGUUGUCUGGCCUGCUACGCACAGAGACAUGAGCAAGUGA